AUGCAACGCUCAGAGUGGGUGUACUGGACCCACGCUAUGUUUCAACUUCCUUUGACAGCUUCUCUGCUUUCAUAUGUAUUUGUAUAUCAUGCCGUCUGCAUCCCUGGUUUAUUCAUUUCGAUAUCAAUAUUGUUGCAAGUUAAUUUCAUGCUUCAAAUUUCACGAUCCACCAUGGAGUCCUCUAGCAGAUUGGCCGACCUCAAGCUCGUCUCAAAGUAUUACCCUGUCACCAACUACUCGUAUCCUCAACAGCCGGAACGCCCAACGCACUAUCGAAGCCGCUUCUCUGACGAUAGAGCGUCAUUGGGGUCUGAGGGAUCUUCGCCCAGUCUGAUCGACGACCGAACAGACUCGGAAGUUUCUCUGGACGACGACUAUCAGUAUCACGCUCAUGCUACAGAGCUUUGGGAUAGCUUCUGGCUUCCAAGCAAGAGCAACAACCUCGAGGCACACCCAAGAAAGCAGUAUCCAGCUUUGAUUCCAUCUCCUCACCCACAAACCCAACAACAUAUUCAGCAAAAGCAGCAAAUCCAGCAGAUGCCACAACAGAAGCAGCCUGAGCAGCGCCGUAUCAACCCAUGGCCUCUCCCCAAGAGCAUUCAGAACCAAGGCCGAAAGCCAAGUGCAACUUACUCCCCCUUCCCAAAGCCUCUCCCACUUCCACCUCGAAAUGCACCAAUGACCCCAUCUUGGCAAUGCUCUCGAGAUGUGAGGCAGAAGCCUCAACGUCCUCCUCGUCCCCACGAAGAGGUUUUCAUCUUCCGCUCCCUUCAGAACUCACCACUUGUUGCACGCUUUGCCAUUUCUGAAGACUCACCCCGACCUACUACACCAAAGGACAGACGUCCCACGACAUCUCAAGAGAUGCGAGCCCCAACACCCACAAAGAUCAAUUCACACUCUGAAACCGCCUUACGCCAUUCUGCGGGACAUGUUUGUGCAUCCAAAACCCAGCCACCCGCUUCUGUGAUGCGCUCAAAGAAGUCUCUCCCUUGCAUGCGUCCUCUUCCGCCAACUCCACAACCAGAGACGGAAGAGAAACCGGAGGCCGAGCCCCACUCAGUCUUUGAAUAUGAUGACUCUGAUACUGAGUCUGGGAGCCGCUCAUUCUGGUUUCAUCGUCGGUCAGGAAGUGACCAACGAAAGACAGGCCAGCGAACUGCACCUUCAUCGCCUCGCAAGAGACAAAACGAUGUCAUAGGGCGUAUGCUAGGACGACGCAGUCGAGGCUGA